AUGGAGAACGUCUACGACGAGCCUGCCCUCCUCGACGGCGACGGCGAGCCGCGCCAGCGCCAGCUGGUCGGCGCCUUCCUCCCUCCGCUCCGCCUCCGCGGCCGCCGCUUCAACGCGGCCGUCUACGUCGCGGCGUGGGGCGUGGCGGGGCUCCUCUCCACCACCGUCCCAGGCCUCGCCGCGAACCGCGACCACGUCAUGCUCUAUUUCGUCUUCCUCAUGGCUGGGGUCCUGCUCCUGCUUCUCAGCAUCGCCGCCCCGGACCUGCCCGUCGCCGAGAGGGCGGCUGCCCGUCUUGAGGGAUUGAUUAUGGCCGUGCCCUAG